AUGGCAUCCUUGCUUUCUCAACCUCGCUACAUCUACAAGAUCGUGCCUUCCACCGCACCAGUCCGCGAGCCAAUUCCCGAGCGACUUGCGGUAAGCGAGCUGGAUGAGAGCGACGGCUAUAUCCACCUCUCCAUGGCCCAUCAGGUGGGAAAUACAUUGAAGACCUUCUUCACAGAGGAACCGCUUGUCUACGUGUUGCGGAUCGAGUAUCAUCGCGUGAUCCAAGAUAUCCGCUGGGAGUCCCCCGAUGGGAAAGUGUCUGGCCCUAGACCUGGCGAGGGCCUUUUCCCACAUCUGUACAAUGGUCUCAAACUGGGCAGAGACGAGGUUGAGAGUGUCGCCAUCUGGCAGAAUGAUGAGGGAUGGGACAAAGCUCUUACCGGAGCGAAACCGUGGCUACUUUACUGA